AGAAUCGACACGUGGAACAAACUGCAACUGUCACAAAGAAUGCAAAGAUCAGCAGCUCAACUUCUGUCGAGAAAUCACUUGCGACACACUUGGGAAGGCAUUGGUGAACUACUCUCGCUACUGGCGAGAUAUGCUAAAUAGGCCUACAUGCCGUUACAUCGCCAAGGAGGAAGUGCAUUGAAUGCCAAACACGCAAUCUAACGGUACUUGUACUACGUGACUUGGCACUGACCUGCUCUUGACCUUACAUGUAAUCACUUAACGUGACUUGUAUUCACUUAUACUUAUACGUUCGUAGAAAACAUAUUAAAAAAGUGAAACUCCUCCCUUCCGACAUCCCACGUCACUAGACAUAGGGUUUGGCACGCGGGUGAAAUUUGGCGAAAGGGCGGAAGGAACACCGUGCAUGUUCUCUAGAAAUCCCGUGGCGACUUUGGCGUCAAGCACAUGAUGUUGGCAAGGAGUCUGACACUAUUUUCUGUUGCCAAUUAACGCAGGUGAGGUGGUUGUGUCCGCAGUGUGCUGGGUCAGUCACAAACUAGGUUUUACUCUGUGAACAUUAUAAUAUCAGUGCAAGUUAUCGAGUGCGCACGUUAAAACAAACAAAAAAGAAUAAGCGAAGCACUGUCUUUUUGUAACAAAAGGGUAGUGUCUAAUGGCUUGCCACCAAACGCGUGCUGACGUCUAAACUAAGCAAACGAGCUGGCAAGUCUCAUGGCGUCCGCAACCUGCCAAAUAGAAGAAAUCCCGAGGGAGGAGUUGUCAGUCCCUCAGAUUCAUUUGCAGAUCAUACACCUGAAUUCUUCUUCCCUCAACGGCGAUGCUACAGGAGGCCUGCAGCAGUUCAACCGCAAACCGAUCGUGCUGAAGCGCUUGCAUAAGUUGCAAAGUUUUGACUACCUCUUGCAAGAACCAAACGAAGGCCACGCGAGUUCUGAAUUACGCCCGCACCUACAAAACCGUAGAGGUUCUUCUCAGAGAGCUGAGAGUUUUGACAAUGACGAAAAAUCUAAAGACAACGGUAGCAUUCCCCAUAGAGAAGACGACGAAUCUGUCUAUGUGCUCUUUGUGAAAGGCUUGAACAGUACUCUAGCAGGAGAUAAAGAUAAAAUUUUGAAAAGCCUAACUCAAGUGUUGAACAAGCACACAGUUUCGGUUGCAGCCAAUGAGUAUAAACUUUUCUGUCGCCCAAGGUCCUCCUCAGCUAAAUCCACCUUGAAACAUAUCUGCCUUCACACUGGUAUGUUAGCUGUGAAUGAAAUGCUGGAUGAAGGCGUAAUGGAUGUCUCGAGAUAUGGUUUGGCGGGCGCUGCUCAGUGCCUUGCCCUUACUCUUUAUUUCAACAAAAAUUUAGCUUCCAUGGGGAGGAAUGUUUGGAACAGUAGAGUUGCACAAUUCCUUACAGACACCUGGAUGAGUUUUGGCUGUGUGGCAGCAGUGAUGAUAUCAGCUUCUAGACAAUGAUCAUCAUUUGUCAUGACCAAGGUUUACUUUCUUAGUAAAUAUUACUGCAUUAAAAUAAUUAAUGUACUUAUUGUGAUACCAGUAAAGGUGACAGUGAUAUGACAUUAUUAGGGCCUUAUGAGGACAGGUCUUGAAAACUGAAUAAGGCUCCCUUCAAGUUAUGGACCAAAUCUGUGAUAGCUUAGAUAUGUGCUUACAUAAUAUUGGUAAUUUAUAUUUAAUUAAAAUCACUGUAGAGUUAUUUACUACCUCAACAUGUGUAUACCCAUAAGCGAAAUCAACCAUAGUUUCCAUAAAUUGGUCUUGCAUAUUUAACUUUCCAUCUGAAUUAACCACUUUAUUAUAGAGCCAUAACCCUCUUCUCACUAGACACUACAUUACAAAAUAUCAUUAGAACUACAUAACUUACUGUCCCUACCUUCAUGCAUAGAUUAUUAAAUUUCAUAUUACUAUUACAUAUCCAUGAUGGAAAAGUAAUUCCUAUAGCCAAAUCUGUAAAGCAUCAUAUUUUUCUAUAAUGUAACUUAUUUUUUAUGAAGGGUUCAUUACUUACCUCUCUCAUGAAUGCUAUGAAAAUUAUAUAUAAGUAAUUUUGCAAUUCAAAUGACAUUUCUCCCAUUGAAUACUUAUAUAUAAUACUGUCAAAAUGAUAGUUACUUUGUGACUUCACAAAGAUUGUACAUCUUCUGAGGUAGAGAAUCCUCUUCCUACUUAUUAUCAUUUUAAAAACAGAGAUAACAAAGGGUGCUUUUUAAUAAGAUAGGCUAAACAAAGUACGUAAUGAUUACUGGACAAAUAUAGAAUUUGGGAAUGAUAUGUGUUAUGUGUGCAUUUUUUGUUUUGGGUGACUAAUUGUACAAUACCAAUAUUAAGUUCCAAGAGGUUUCACUUUAAAAGUUAGAUCUAGUAAGUAACAUAUCUCAAAAUAAUUAUCGGGCAGUUAUUAUACCCCUGUUGACUGGAAUCUGAAACUUACUGCAUUUUAACAAUCCAUGUAUUUGUUUCAUAUAUUAGGAUAUUAUGCACUAAUAGUUAUGUAUCUUUGUAUAAAAAUUGUCUAUUUUAAUUAGAAAUCAUAUUAUAUCCAUAUCUCAUAUCAAAUAUUAUCCAACCCUUAUAGGAUGUACCCUCUUACAGAUUUAUUGCAUUUCAGUGCAUAAAACAAUCACCUCUAUCUUUUCUAUUUAAGUUGCACAAAAUAUUAGUAAUGUUUUUUGAAUUUUCAGGUCAAAAUGUACAUAAUGUGACUAGUGAACAUCAAAAUCAUUUUCCAGUAUCCUAUGGGAUCACUGGUAUUCUUUGCUCUGUCUCUUAACUGAGCAUGCCUAAAUAGAAGGUAUAUGUAUCUUAGGGGUUAGAAUAAAAUGUAAAAAGUCUUAGCAUGGUUACUUAUAGGAUGUGAUAACAGGAUUAAUAACACAUGUAAAAGUGUGUAU